AAUCCGAACUGGGCUUGGGCUGGCUUACACAGCACACAUUGUACGCAGGGCCGAACCGAAGACCCUCCCAACACACACAACACACAACCCCCCCCCUGGUAUGCCUUAGCUAUUUUUCCUAUUUUCGGCUCCUUUGCACUUCCUUCUUGCUUUGCGCAACCUUUCAACCCUUUCUUGUUCUGGUCUGCAUUCUUGGCUCCACACCGAGUCGGCUUUUCUCAUCCUUCCCAAUUCCUUCCAGCCCUAUCUCACCUUUCUCGUCGAGGGUCGAGAGUCCGGUGAGAAUUCGAAGAGGAGUCUCAACCAAACGCGCGCCGUCUUGAAGUUUGUUCGUUUGUUCGUUCUUGGUUCGUCUUGGGCCAACAAAAACAACGUCUCCGGGUUGACCGCCCACGAUGGAGGUCAUCACUCAACUCCAAGGACCUGAAUACUCCCACCUCACCCCCUUAUUCAUCGUCCAUGCCAUAUCCGGCCUCGCCAUUCCCUACCUCUACCUCCACUCCCUAAGCGACGAUGACGAGAGGCCCGUGUACGGCAUCUCCAGCCCGAUGCACUGCGCCGAUGUCGACGACUUUGUCUUUCCUUCGACUCUUCGGGGUCUGUCCGAAUAUUACGUGGAGAAGAUCAGGGAGAUCCAACCCCAUGGCCCUUACCUACUCGCUGGGUGGUCUAUGGGCGGCAUGAUUGCAAUGGACAUGGCUCACCUUCUCCAAUCUCAAGGCGAGAAAAUCCUCAAGGUCAUCAUGAUCGACUCGGGCAACCCUGAAGCAUUCCCGUCCUUCCCCGACGAGGCCGAGAACGAGCUUUUUGCACGAAUCAUCUUCUCCCGCGCGCUCAACCCCGUCGCCGCCGCCAUCGACGCCGAUGCCGACGCCGAUGCCGACGACGCCCUUCCCGAAUGCAAAGACGACGAGUUCGAUCAGCCAGAUACGCUCAAGGAGGCCGAGGAGUGCCUGCUAGACGAGGAGGACGUCGACGACGACGACCGGCGGAGGAGCACAUGGGGCACGUUCUUCCCGCCCAUGCGGUCCAAUACCAGUUCCAUGAGCGACUUGGAGGAGUGCCCAUCUCCGUCCACUCCGGACCAGUCCUGGACACCUGGCUCCCCCGCCUCCCUGGAGUGCAGCAGCCGAGAAGAUUCCGACUGCGAGUCGGUUACCGACCCCUACGAGAGCGUGGACCCUUUUGCCCGCUUCCGGGAGGAUAACUUCAACGACCGGAUCUUCGUCAACUCGGCCGACGACGACGACGUCGUUGAGGUCCUCGAGGACGAACGCCGGGCUUCGUACGUCACGGUCAACCCCUUUGACAACAUCGACCCCUUCGCCCGUUUCCGCGACGAAGCUCUCGAGGAGGUUGUUGCGCCCCUCACGAAGGAAGAGGAGGAACGCCGCACCUCGUGCGUCACGCUCCAGCAGCUGGAGGAGAACGUCGGCCCCUUUACGACACAAAUCCCACAGCCACAGCCACAGCCACAGCUACAGCCACAGCAACGCCGCCAAAGCGUGAACCCGCGUAUUGUCGAGGCACACACUCGCCGGCAGUCUUUCCUGGCCGUCGACGCGGGUGCUGAGGCACGUCGACGUCGCCGCCAGUCCUGUUUCGCCCUCGGCACGGCGAACACGACGACACAGAACCGACGGGGGUCCUGUCUCCUCAGCCUGGCAGCAGAGAUGGCUGGUUGUGUGGAGCCAGGCCGGCGCGAUUCCCACGUCGACGUCUCCCCGCCUCCUGCCCCCCGCCAGCGCCCGCAAUCCUGCCUCUUCAACCUAACGGCCGGAGUGGCUGGCGGCGCGGCUCCUUCUCACCGCCGCGUUUCCUGCAUCGGCUUCCACCCUCCCCAAACCCAAAGCCAACCCCAACCCCAACCACAAACCCAAACCCAAACGCCUCGCCAGCGCCCGCGGUCCUGCCUGCUCAGCCUGGCGGCCGACAUGACCGGUGGGGUGGAGGCCAACAAUAGGCGGCAUUCCCGGCUCAGCUUCUGCGCUCCCCAACCCCCGUCUGUCCGACGGCCUUCCGGUCUCGUCAUCACGACGACCGGGCUGCCGCAACUUGCGGCCGAAGACGACGACGACGACGACGACGACGACAACAACAACAACUACAACAACAACAACAACAACAACAACAACAACAACAACAGGAACACAUGCCACUCGAGCUUGCUGUCACCCCUGACGGUCCCCGAAGACACGUGGGACUCUUCAGGCUUCCUGUCGCCCCUCCCGGGCCCAGCAGAGGACCGCUACCUGCGGCGGCAAUCCUGCAUCUCGGUCGCGAGCGCGACCAGCCACCACUCGUGCAUGACGAUGGCGGACCUCGAGGACGGGCUGGGCCCGUUCGCCAGCCUGUGCGGCGGGGAAGGGAUGGACGAGGAGGAGUUCCUGACCAACAUCAAGCAGCACGUGCAGAAAGGGCUGCGGCUCAUCUCGAACGUGGCGCCGGGCGAGCUGCUCCCCGUCGGGGUCAAGUCGGACUUCCCCGUGGUGCUGGUGAAGUGCCAGAAGGAGGGGGCGUGGACGCGGAGCCCCGAGAGGGACGAGCUCGACUCGGACAAGGCGCGGGCCAUCCGGGAGUUGAUGAAGGAGGACGCGAUGCGGUGGGACGCGGGCCGGUUCACCAGCUUUGAGACGGUGCCGUUCAGCGGAGAUCAUGAUACCGCUUUCGGGCCGGAGACGGUGGGCGAGCUGAGCGAGAUUUUGCGCCGGGCUUUGGAGGAUGUGGUGUAAUGGGAUGGGAGGAUUGGUUCUACACGCAUUUGAUACCCCGCGGCUUCCCCUAUUUCCCCUAUUUCCCCUGGUUCCCCAAUCUUCCCCCCUUUCUUCCUUGUCCAUCUGCAGCAUUUUUCUUUUUCAUUUGUCUUUUUUUGUCCCAUCUUCACACUUUCUCAUGUAGAUUUG